UGCUGGAAGUGCACCAGUUUGCACAGGAGGCCGUGGUGGCCGAUGCCUGGCUCACCGCCCACGAGCCCGUGCUGAAGAGCUGCGAGCUGGGCAGCAGCGUGGACGAGGUGGAGCAGCUGAUCCGGCGCCACGAGGCCUUUCGCAAGGCGGCUGCCAUCUGGGAGGAGAGAUUCAGCUCCCUGCGGCGCCUCACCACGUUGGAGAAGCUGAAGGCCGAGCAGAGCAAGCAGCCAGCCACACCGCUCCUGGGCCGCAAAUUCUUGGGGGAACCCAGCGAGCCGGGCCUCAAGGGCCCCUCGCUGCUGCGCCAGGCCGAGGCAAAGCUGGAGCGUCAGGACCUGCUGCGGGGCCGGCCCCAGGCUCCGGCCCUUCCCAGUGGGGGCCCAGGGGAGCCUGCAGAGCCGCUGGAGCUCAGGGUGGCCUAUGUGCGGCAGGAGAUGAAGCUGGAGCGGCUGCAGCCCCGGCUUGACCGCGUGCAGGAGGGACUGGCCGCUGGCGCCGAGAGGCUCAGGGAGGCAAAAGCGACGGCUGAGGAGAUGCUGGAGGCCAAGCCGAGCCAGCACCUUCAAGUGCCCACGGUGAGCCCGGUGCUGGCGGAGCCGGCCCAAGUCAGCCAGGCCGAGACGCAGCCGGAGCAGCCGCGGGAGCAGUGCCCGGAGCCCAGCGAGCAGGAGAUGCCACGCCACGAGCAGGCGGAGAGGCGCCGGGAGCGCCGGGAGCGGCGCCUGGAGC